AUGGUCAUUGCGUUGAAAGCAAAAGAUAAGUUAGGAUUCAUAAACGGCAAAUGCAAAAUGCCAGAUCAAGAUGAUAUAAACUACGAGGAAUGGCAGAAGGCAGAUAACAUGGUAAUGUCCUGGAUCUUGAAUGCUCUAUCAAAAGAAUUGGCUGAAACUUUUCUCUAUGCUAUAAAUGCCUAUGAAUUAUGGGAAGAAUUAAAAGAAAGAUUUUGGGACAGUAAUGGCCCCCUGAUGUACCAAUUAAUGAAGGAAAUCAGUAAUGCUAAUCAAGAAAACAAUAAUCUUAUGACGUAUAACAUGAAAUUAAAAAAAUUAUGCGAUGAAUAUGCAUGUUUAGAACCAAUUCCAGUAUGUGAUUAUGGCACAGCAAAAUUAUUCACUGAUAUAGAGGGCAAACACAAAUUAAUGCAAUUCUUGAUGGGUCUAAACGAGUCUUAUGACCAUGUAAGGAAUCAUAUUCUUAUCAUGGAGCCACUGCCUAGUGUAAAUAAAGCAUAUUCCAUGAUCCUGAGGAUUGAAAAGCAGAAGGAAGCACAGAGUGAGGAAGCUGGGAACAGUGCAAUGACGACAAAAACUUCAGAGAUUAACAGAGGCAGAACAUAG